CGCGCGCCCUGUUCUUCGUCUAUCUCUCUCCCGACUCGGAAGGAAACCCUAGGCGCCACGCUAGGGUUCUCGAACCUUCGCUCCCCACCCCCCGAUUCGGAAGCCCUAGCCUGGAAGGUUCCGGGACCUUCUGGCGCGGGAGGAUGGCGGUCGUGGACCAGUCGCUGCUGCCCCAGAUCCAUGCCCUCUUCUCCGACCCGCUUCGCGUGGUUUCGUACAAAUGGCUCAGUCGGAACUUCUCUGUGUCAUCAAAUGAUGCCAAGAGGUUGCUUCAGGACUUUGUCAACAAACAUGGAACUGACCUCCAAGUGAUUUACAGUGUGUCGGGGUGGUUGAAGAGCAAUCCCCAAAACUAUUGUGUAAAGCUCAUUUCAGGCCCAAAACUUGAAGAAGCAAGGCAAAUUUUCAAAGAUUCUUGUUCAGUUCAGAUCUACAGUAUCCAGGCCUGUAUUCCAAAAGAUACAGCUGUACUUUGGAAUCCUGAAUUUGUGCAGGCAGAGGAGCUUUUCAACCAGCCUUUUGAUUAUGAGAACUGUUUGAGAGAUAAUAGGUUUUGUGGUGUUUUGAAUUCUUUUGUCAAGCGAACAUCCAAUGGAAAGCAUGUGAGUUCAUUGCCACCAAAGCCCUUGAAUAGUGCUGCAGCCGCCGCGCAGUCUAAGCCUAGUGUUACUCCAAAGGAGCAGUUUGUUACUGCUCGACGGCAAGAUUUGCCUGUAAGUUCAAAGCAGGGAGCAGACACUAAGUCCGAGAAGGAUAAUUCCACAGUAUUAGAUAAGGCUGGCAAUGGUCCUGUUGUCAAAGAACAAUCAGUUGAUGCCCAUGCAAGCAAAAGUAAAGCUCAAAAUGGAAAGGCCAUGCCUAGUAAUGGUGGAUCACUGGCUAACAUGUGGGGCCGUGCAUCAGCAAAACCUAAGCCUCCAAGUACCACUAAUUCUACAGCUGUAGCAAGUGUUGCAGCUACUGCUGAUGCACAAAUUUGUGCAAAGGAAGAAGCAGAUGGAAAUAGCAGCGAUGAUGAACAUGGGAUAAAGUACAAGAGGGGAUCCACUAAUGCAAAUAACAGAAAGAGAAGAGCGGUAUUUGAUUAUUCGGAUGAUGAGGAAGAUGACAAUAUUGUAAGCAUUGCAUCUCCUGAGCUACCAAAACAGCAUACCCCAGACCCUGUUGUUGGAAUUGCUGAAGACGCUGAAGUAAAUCAAAAGAACUUGGAAACUGAACACCAUGUACCAAACAAUGGGAAAGGUUCCUCAACGGGGGUGGAUUCUGACUUCACAUCUGAAUGUAAAAUCAAAACGAUCGAUCCUAUGAACGAUUCUGGGAUUACUUUAAAAGAAAAGAGCAGUGAUCCUCCAAUCAAUGACAAGAAGCAGGAUUCUGCUGCUGAGCCUGCCUCCACCUCACCAAAGAGGAGAAAGGUUUUGAAGACACGCAUAGAUGAGAGGGGAAGGGAAGUUACCGAGGUUGUCUGGGAGAAUGAAGCUUCUGCAGAUGACAAGGCAGAGCAGAAUGUCAACACUAUUGAUGCGACUGCAAGCGGGGCGACUGUCCCAAGCAAACCGAAGCCCGCAACAAACGCUGACAAAAGCAAAGCUCCAAGCAAAACAGCAGCAGGCAACAAGAAAGCUGCGAAGGCUGGAGCCAAGCAAGGGAGCAUUAUGUCGUUCUUCAAGAAAGCAUGAGCCAGCGGGGGGUGCGCAUGCACCAAAAUGAGACAGGACUUGGUUAAGCAAACUGGCAGUGGCAGUUAUACCUGAACAUUGUCAGUCAGGCCGGCGAGCAAGAAGGGCUGCUCCAAGCAGGCGACCGUUAGCUGUAUCGUUUGUUUUAGCUAGCGUAGCGAUGGUUGAGUCAAGCAGCAGAGAGCACGCAUUCUAGCUGAGGUAGUACUAUCUUGCUGAAGAUGUACACGUACACAUAUACAAUAACUGUUGUCUACUGUGCUGUCUAGAAGAGUAAAGGUCCAAGGUGGAAGGGCGGAACAGUUUGAGU